UGCUAUCAACGAAAAUAUCUGCUAUUAAUAUCGAUAUAACACUGAUUAUUCUUCAACUACUUUAUAACAAGGUUGAAUUUUAAAAAUGACAGCGGGUGCAAGUUUAGUAGUACCCAUAGUUUUAUGGGGUCGCAUAGCUCCAACUCAUUGCAUUUCCUGUAUCUAUUUAUCUCGAGAUCAAAAAACUUUAGUAACAGGAUGUUAUGAUGGUCAAAUAUGUUUGUGGCAAGUAGAUCCUGAAACACUAAAGAUGACUCCAAGAUGUUUACUUGUUGGUCAUACUGCUCCUAUAAUGUGUCUCAGUCGAGCAAGUGUUAUUAUGGAACAGAAUUAUAUUGUCAGUAGCAGUGAAACUGGAGAAAUGUGCACUUGGGAUUUAGUUGAUGGAAAAUGCAGAGAAGCUGUAAAACUCAGCAGUGUUCAUACACAGAUGUUGCCUUACGUCUCUGCUGGUGGAGAAGAUGUUAGACUUUUUUGUUCUGGGUACUAUCCUGAGGUUUUAGUGAUGGACCCUUUCAGUUUGGAGGUUUUAUUUACCCUAAGCUCACGUGUUAAUCCUGAUUGGAUUAGUGCUUUGCAUGUUUUGCGGCCGGCCAAACGGAAAGGUCGGUUCUACGUGCAUACAAACGAUGUUGUGCUGGCCCUAACAACAACUGGUACAGUCAAGGUGUGGACUCUCCUUGGGCACGAGAAUCGUAAUAGUGAACCACUUUAUGAACAUGAAAGCAAACAAAUACGAUGUCUAAAUGCACUUGCAAUGACUUGUUGCCCAUACAAUCAAAGAACUGUAUUAAUUGUGUGUUCCAAACAUUGGCAGAUAUACGAUGCCGGUGAUUUCUCUCUUCUAUGUUCAAUUACUGCACCAUGCGGCGAACGCUGGAUGGCUGGAGACUUUUUAGCUGCGGACAGAGUUAUUUUAUGGAGUGAUGAAGGUCAUGGUUAUCUCUAUAAAUUACCGGCUAACAAGUUGAAGGGCAAGGCUCUUAGCAGUAGCGUUGCAGACAAUAAAAAUUUUCAUACUGCUGGUGUCGAAUAUGAUCAACCUUACCUGUACUACACUCUGACGCAACCCGGAGACAAGCCGCUAUCAUGUCCACCAGCAAUGCGAUUAGUUACAGUUCAAAAACAAAGUAAAACAUUGAAGUAUCUAUUACGUGGUGAUAGCGAAGGAGUUGUUGUUAUUUGGACAGUUCCAGAAGUAACAAAUCACCAACUAACUCAAAUCUGUCAAAAUGAUUGCUCAACUCCACUUUCAUUACCACCAAUAGUUAAAACGAGUCUUACAACUGCUUGGGAAGAAAUGAAACCACCACCAGUUGGAAUAUUAGAUCAAUUAGACAGUGGAGAUGGACAUGCUAUAAAAUUAACAGCUAGUAUAUAUUUACCGCAACAAAGUCGUUUAGUUGUUGGUCGUGAAGAUGGCAGUAUUAUCAUUGUUCCUGCAACACAAACAGUCAUGCUUCAGUUACUUCAUGGCAAUCAUCAGCAAUAUGAUGAUUGGCCUCCUCAUCAAGUACUUCUAGGUCACUCUGGUCGAGUAAAUUGCCUUUUAUAUCCUCAUGGAGCAGCUUCACGUUAUGAUCGGGCACACCUUGUUUCUGGAUCAGUUGAUUUUGCUGUAUGCUUAUGGGAUCUUUAUGCUGGUACACUUAUUCAUAGAUUUUGUGUUCAUGCAGGUGAAAUUACGCAACUGAUGGUACCACCUGAUAACUGCAGUCUUAGAAUACAGAAGUGUGUUUGCAGCGUUGCAUCUGAUCAUAGUGUUACUUUACUAUCGUUAGCCGAAAGAAAAUGUGUUGUUCUCGCUUCGCGACACUUGUUUCCAGUUGUUACGAUAAAGUGGAGGCCACUGGACGAUUUUAUGAUAGUUGGAUGUUCAGACGGAGCAGUAUACGUAUGGCAAAUGGAAACGGGUCACUUAGAUCGCGUAUUGCACGGUAUUAUUGCAGAAGAAGUACUCUUCGCCUGUGACGAAAAUACAAUGGCUGCGGCUGGUGGGACAGCCGCGGGUGGUGAACUAGGCUUAGCUAAUCCAGCUGUACAUUUCUUUAGAGGGUUGAGACACAGAAAUCUUUCUGCUAUAAGACAUGCAACACAAAGAGGGUUACACCAACUGCAACAACUCCAUGGUGGUCAAGGGGUUGAUCAUGGAAAUCAAAUAAAAGCAAAAGGCACACCCUUAAUGAUUAACGGCUUCAGAAGUAAUCCUAAGGACCCAGAAAGUCAUAUUUUAUUUUUUGACAUAGAAGCUUUGAUAGUACAGCUACUGAGUGAUGAAUAUGGAGCAAUGUCACCACGUUCUUUGGAAGCACAGGGUUUAAUUUCAGCCUCCGAGUAUCAGAAGGUUGCAGCACUUACUCAGUCUGCCAGUCCAGAUGCUCAUAAAAAAAUUGCAGACUUUUUCGGUCGCGUCAAGGAUAAGGCAGGAGACGUUGAACGAAUUUUAAAGGAGAAGGAUCGUCACGGUAUAUUGGCUAAAAUGAAGGAGGGUGCAGAGAACGUACAUACUAAGAUUCAGGCCAAGGUGGAAAGCGUUGGCCUCAAGCCGUCGUCUCUCGACGGCAAAGGUGAUAACUGGAACAAUAGCGAAGCUGCAAAAAACAAUUUGAAACGAAAUGGAGCGUUUAAUGAACCAAAUGCAACUAUGGAAGUUGCUCAGCUUAUAUUGAGUUUAUUGCAUGCUUGGGGCAUUGAUCCAGAUUUAGAUCGUGUUUGUGAAGGAAAGUUAGGUUUAUUAAGACCUAUGGUUCCCGUUUCAUUUGGAGUAUUAUCUAAAGGAGGUUACAUGUCGUUAUUAUUACCAACUUGGCAAACGCAAUUGGAACCAAUUGGUGAACCUGCGACUCAGUUAGAACAACGCUUACCAGUAGAAUUGGUUAGACAAGAAAGACUUACCAGAGCAUUCACAGCAAAAGCACAUUGGGAACUGUCUACCACAUUAACCAGCAAUCAUUUAUUAGCAGUAGUAGCAUUAGCAUAUACUUUAAUGUCAAUGAAUAAUGCCACUUUUGUACCUGAACAAGAACGAAAUCGAAAAAUGCAUAGGCCUGGCAAUAGAUCUACAGUUAAUUGGAAUAAAGCAGAAGAAGAAAAUGAAGAAAUUUAUACGGCACAACAAGCACAGAUUAAACAAGGUUGGUCCUUCUUAGCGACUCUACAUUGCGUACUUUUGCCCGAUAAAGUAGUUUCACAAGGUGGUGCUAAAACAUUCAAACGGCCUCAAGUCGAAAUGAUGGCUCGCAGAUGGCAACAUCAAUGUCUUGAGAUCCGCGAAGCUGCCCAGGCAUUGUUACUUGCUGAAUUAGAGAGAAUGGGUCCGAAAGGAAGGAAAGCACUUGUAGAUAGUUGGUCGCAAUAUCUGCCAAUGUAUAGCACCCAGGAACCUAUUGCUCCACAAUCACAAAAUCAAAGUCCACCAGCGCCUGGUAGUCCAGUUCCUCCAUCUGAAUCACAUCAAGAAGAGGAAGAUGAGGAAGAGGAAUUGGCAGAAGCAGAAAUAAAUGUAGCUAGGAAACCGUCGAGUGUGGCAGAAUUGAAACGAAAACAGACGACGGCAGUUGUAUUGUUAGGUGUAAUAGGAGCUGAAUUUGGGCAAGAUGUUACUACCACGAAUCAGAGAAGGGAUAAUGAACAAAGACGAAAGAGUUCAAUCGUAGAAGGUUUCGGAAUAGGAAAUAAUAAUCUUGCUAGGCACACUAGUAUGGCACUUACGCACUUGUUACACGCACCUCAUUCUUCGAAAUUACCGUUACACACGGCAUUACGAAGAGCGGCAAUUGAUCUCAUUGGUAGAGGUUUUACCGUUUGGGAACCAUACCUUGAUGUAUCAAAAGUAUUAUUGGGACUGCUGGAAAUGUGUUGCGAUGCUGAUAAGUUAGUACCAAAUAUGACAUAUGGCCUUCCGCUUACCCCUCAAGCUGAUUCGUGUCGUACAGCACGACAUGCUUUAACUUUAAUAGCUACUGCUCGACCUGCGGCAUUCAUUACCACGAUGGCACGAGAAGUGGCUAGAUAUAAUACAUUGCAGCAAAAUGCACAAACAUUAAAUGUAAAUAUGAAUGCGAGCGUUCUGGUUAGGGCGAAACCGGAAAUACUUAGGAUUGUUGAACAGUUAAUUGAUAAAAUGCAGAGUGAAAUGAGUGAUCUUUUAGUUGAGGUUAUGGAUAUUAUCUUACAUUGUCUGGACCCAGGACAUCUUAAAACUAAAUCAUUAAAUGACGUAUUUCCGGCAGUAUGUAGAUUUAAUCAAGUAAAUCAUUGUCCAGCAACGCGCAGGAUAGCAGUAGGCAGCCGCAAUGGUCAGCUCGCCUUAUACGAAUUACGAGGAAAUGUGAAAUGUCAAACAGUGUCUGCACAUACAGCAUCUGUAACUGCAUUAGCAUUUUCACCUGAAGGAAAGUUCCUGGUUAGCUAUUCUUGUACAGAAAAUAAAUUAUGUUUCUGGCAGCAAACAAGUAGCGGUAUGUUCGGCCUAGGAAAUUCGCAAACACGUUGUGUGAAAUCCUAUAGUACUGCACCUAUUAACGAUGUAGCACGACUAAAUCCCAUGCGACUGGCUCGACUGAUAUGGAUAAAUAAUCGAACAGUUACAUUAAUGCUUGCUGAUGGAUCAGAAACGCGAUUCAAUGUAUAAAAUAUAGGGGGGAAUCCCUUCUAUUCCAGUACUGGGUGAAUAAAAAAAAAAAAGAACGGUAUAGCAAAAUGAAAUCAGGCUACAACAGAAAUAUGGAAUCACUGUUUUAGGCAAAAGAAAUAGCCGAAAGUGCUGUCGUGAACGUUGGUGUACUUAUUAGUACUUAAUAGUACUAGUGCUAAAAUAAUCGAAUAUCGUAUCAUAUGGAGUAUGCUCGAGAGAAGUUCAUCGUUGCACGACGCAGGAUAUGGCAUAGUGAUUAUCGUCGAGUAUGGUACGAAAAAUCUGUUCCUUCUCAAUCUAUCUCAUUUAUCUUUUUUUCCAUUUAUAUAAUUUAAAUAUUUCAUUUCUUGGUCGCACACGAUUGCGUUCUAUUUUUGUGUUGCUGUAGCACCAGAGAUAGUUUGAAUGCCGUCACGCUUUAACAAAAGUAUUCUUUUAAUUUAGUAAUUUAAUUGCACUGUCAUUUGAUUGCUAGCUAUGUAGUUAACGAAUCUGAAUGAUUUUAUUAUAAUUUCACAAGUUUAGAUCGAGGUAAAAUAAUAUGAUAAAACAUUUUCAUACUGACACACACAUACCGCAAAAUUUAUCAAUCAUUUCUACAUGAGGGUUCGUAUACCGUACUGUACAUUAUGCAAUGUUACAUUACUGCGUGUGCUGUUCGAAGCUACAAUUAUAUAUUCCUGAAACCCCGAUAUAAAAGUUAAAAGAAAAAGGUUACUGUAUGGAACCUCGCGUUGAAAGUACAUACAUGUGUAUAUAUGCAUACCAAGAAAAAAAAAAAAGAAAAAACUGAAUUAUCGC